CAUAUAUGGACUCCAGAGGAAAGGUAAUGGAAGAGAAGGAAGGCGGAGAGGUUCGAUACCGGGGCGUGCGGAAGCGGCCGUGGGGCAAGUAUGCCGCGGAGAUUCGCGACUCAAACAGGCACGGCGCACGGGUUUGGCUUGGGACUUUUAACACGGCUGAAGAGGCAGCUAGAGCUUAUGAUCAAGCUGCUUAUGCCAUGAGGGGUGGCUUGGCCAUUUUGAAUUUUCCUACUGAGUACCCAGCAAGUGGUGGCUCUUCCUCUUCAUCGUCUUCGGCUAAUUUUUCAUCAUCAGUGGCUGGGACUAUCCAGGGGAGAGGUGGUGGGGAGCAUGGAAAUGAAGUUCUUGAGUUAGAGUACUUGGAUGAUAAGUUGCUAGAGGAACUGCUUGAUUGUGAUCACCAAAAGAAGAACAAAAAAUAGUGAGGUCGGUAUCCCUUUUUGGCUUAAUAAGCAGCUAUCCACCGUCUAUUUCUGCAAGGCACAUCGCAAGGUCAAUGAUGCUCUUAUCUUUUUUUGUUGAUAUGUAACUAGAUUCUGAUCAUCACCUUUUGCCUGCGUUUGUUUUUUCAAAUGAAGAAUCUAGCAAAAGUGUUGUGUGUUGUUAAGCUUUUUAA